GUCAGUGCCAGCAUGCCCGAGAGCGGAUGAUGUUGAGAUUGCUCUUUAGAGCCUUAAAGUCUCCACAAACGCACAGAAAAGCUGUGUGCUCCGCCUGCAUGGAUCCUAAAGAUUACCUCAAAUUGUACAGCCCUCCUCCAGAGGUGCGCGGUAUGACCAGUCUCAACAGAGAGGCUUUCACAAGGAACAUUACCGUCCCAGCUCUCCGGGUGCCCGUUAAAGUUCUUAAUAAAGUGGUGAAGAGCCUGAAGAAUGUAAUUAUCCAGCGGCCUGGUUUGUCCCGUGUGGUGCCAGAGAGAGAGGGCAACAGUGACUGUCGUUUGGUUCUUUUGGACCCUCACAAAGUGUCCUCUCCCAGCAGCUUCAGUGGAGCAGAGGCAGAGGCGCUCAGGUCCUUCUCUGUUCUCCUGGAGCUGCAGGACUAUCAGAUGACUCUGGGCUAUGAGAACCUGAAGAGUGAGGAGGUACUGGAGGCAGUGCUGCCUCUGGGACAAGACGUGACCUCGGGCUUCAGCAGAGUGGGGCACAUCGCACACAUGAACCUGAGGGAGCACCAGCUGCCCUAUAGGAACCUUAUUGGUCAAGUCAUUAUGGAUAAAAACCCAGGAGUGACCUGUGUGGUCAAUAAAACAAAUACUAUAGAUUCCACCUACAGAAACUUCAAGAUGGAGGUGCUGGCUGGAGAGGAAAACAUGGUGGCAAAAGUGAAAGAGAAUGGGGUCACGUAUGAGUUUGACUUCUCACGGGUUUAUUGGAACCCACGGCUGAGUACUGAGCACCAGCGGAUUGUGCAGCAGGUGAAACCAGGAGACACCGUUUUUGAUGUGUUCGCUGGCGUGGGACCCUUCGCCAUUCCAGCUGCUCGCUGUGGUGCCAGUGUUUUGGCCAAUGAUCUAAACCCUGAGUCCUACCGAUGGCUACAGCACAACUGUAAACUCAACAAAGUGGACAACAGAGUGAGAACAUUUAACCUGGAUGGCCGAGGAUUUAUUCAGGGCCCUCUACGACAGGAGCUGCCUGUACUGCUGAAGCAGAAGGCAACUUUACAUGUGGUGAUGAACUUGCCUGCUCUGGCCAUAGACUUCUUGGAUGCUUUCAGAGGUCUGCUGCAGCACGAGCCCCCUAGUGACUCACAACUGCCCACUGUGCACUGCUAUGGCUUCUCUAAAGAUGACAACCCAGCCCGGGACGUCACGCAUAGGGCUUCUGAGGCCGUUGGAUUCUCACUGGAAAACAGGAGCUCAGUGCAUUUUGUGCGCAAUGUGGCACCUAACAAAGACAUGAUGUGUGUGAGUUUCAGUGUUCCCAAAGAGGUCCUAUAUAGCAGCAAGCCCACAGUCACAGAGUGUGCAGAUGAACCAGCUGCAAAGAGACAGAAAUGUGAAGAGGCUGCUCAGACAACAUAAUGGCACUGGAUUCUGAAUGCAAGAAAUAAAUAUUUUUA